AUGGCGGUGAAAACAUCGAAGGCCGAAAAGAAGAUCGCUUAUGAUCAGAAGCUGUGCCAGCUUCUUGAUCAGUACACCCAGGUCCUCAUCGCCGCGGCCGACAAUGUCGGAUCGAACCAGUUGCAGAAUAUUAGGCAGGGACUUCGUGGAGACUCUAUCGUGCUGAUGGGGAAAAAUACUAUGAUGAAGAGGUCCAUCAGGAUCCAUUCUGAGAAGACCGGCAACAAGGCCUACCUCAACCUUAUCCCCCUCCUUGUUGGUAAUGUUGGUCUGAUAUUCACUAAGGGUGAUUUGAAGGAAGUGAGCGAAGAGGUCUCCAAAUACAAGGUGGGAGCUCCUGCUCGUGUUGGUCUGGUGGCCCCAGUUGAUGUCGUCGUCCCACCAGGCAAUACUGGACUUGACCCAUCUCAAACCUCUUUCUUCCAGGUGCUCAAUAUUCCGACUAAGAUUAACAAAGGAACUGUGGAAAUUAUCACCCCAGUGGAGCUUAUCAAGAAGGGUGACAAAGUGGGUUCCUCUGAGGCUGCCCUGCUUGCAAAACUUGGGAUAAGACCCUUCUCUUAUGGUCUGCAAGUUCUGUCUGUUUAUGACAAUGGUUCAGUUUUUAACCCAGAGGUGCUUGAUCUGACUGAAGAUGAUCUUAUGGACAAGUUUGCUAUUGGAGUUUCCAUGGUUACUGCCCUGUCACUGGCCAUCUCGUAUGCAACACUUGCAGCUGCACCCCAUAUGUUCAUCAAUGCCUACAAAAAUGUUUUGGCUGUUGCUGUUGAGAUUGAAUAUUCCUUCCCGCAGGCUGAUAAAGUGAAAGCGUACCUCGAGGUAUGCAGUGCUUGUCUUCCUCGAAAGUAG